GAACACAUAGAGCUCACUACGCACUCUUGAUAUACAAGAAAGAAUACACAAAGCAUGAGUAGGGUGUUACAUCUCGGCGGUGGCUUGAACUUGGGCAAAUCACGCCCAUGUCUGUGAAGUGACUUGAGUGUUUUAACACCUGGACGAACGAUCUAGGAGAGCUUGCUGAUCUCCGAUCUCAACAAUUAUUCAUGGACAGUAGGGUGACUAGGGUGACAAGAACAACCAGAAAAUAUGGAUUGAAUGGCGCGGUGAAAAUGGGUGCGCCAAAGAGUAAAGGAGGGAUGAGUUUUCUUGAUAUCCACGGUUUCAUCUUAGCAAUGUUGGAAAAGCAAGCAAUGAGGCUCGUUGAGAACCCAGAGUCCCUAUGUGUUCGUAUUAUUCAUGAGAAAUAUUAUUUGGAUGGCAACCUGUUAGAGGCGAAGCUCAAGAAGGGGCUGUCCUUUGCGUGGCAGGGUAACAUGGCUGGAGUAAAUGUGCUACGUCACAGUUAUAUCUGGAGAGCUGGGGAUGGACAGAAUAUUAAUAUAUGGGAGGAUGCAUGGAUACCAACAAUAAUGAUAGGAAAAUAAUUACACCAAGGCGAGGUCAAAUUUUGUUGAAGGUCGGUGAUAUUACUGAUCCAGCUACAUGCAACUGGGGUGAAGACUUGGUUAGGCAAGUUUCUGGCCAGUGGAUGCACAACAAAGUAAUUGCUAUCCCGCUUCCAACAUAUGAUAUGUCAGAUUUCAUUGCUUGAAACCUUACAAAGAGUGGCACCUUCUCUGUAAGAUCCACAUACUAUGCGGAACGAAAUUAUAAAUUUGGUGAACGCCUUUGACACGGGACAUAAAUGGUGCUAUUCUACUAAUUCUAUUUGGAACGAAAUUUGGCAAUUGUUGUGCCCAACAAAAGUUGAAAUUUUCUUGUGGAGAACUCGACAUGGCACCCUCCCUCGACAACCUCCAUAAUACAUAUGGAACAUACUCUGUAUAAAUACGAAGAAGAGGGUGUGUUUAGGGCACAUCUAGAUGUGCCCUAGUUAUUGCACAUCUAAAUGACUCAAUCAAGCAUAAAAAGGGAAAAAAAAUCCACGAAUCUUCGCAUAAGAUCAACGAUAUAGGAUUUAGAUAGAUGUGCAAUACAUUUUUUUUGAAAUGAAGGCAAAAGCUUUGCCUCAUUCAUUAUUUAAGAAGAAGAGAGUUGCCCAGUUAAUUGCGGAAAACCAAGCAAAAACCUUUACAACUUGAUGACGGAAGGCAACCAAGCCACAACCCCAUAAUGCAAGCGGACUACUCCCAAAUCAUGAGGCCACAAAACCACAAGAGCAAACAUGAAAACACCCCCAACACGCUGACCCUACCAAAUGCCGACAUAUGAGACGCAACUACACCGAAUUGCCCCCACAAAAUAGCCAUCAUCAUAAGCAACUGCGGACACCUUUGUUAUAGCGUCACUCUUCUUGCUUCUACAUUUAUCUGAACUCUCUUCAAGAUGCUGGGUCACGAGCUAGCACCACCUCUCUUCUUAUCCCUGAUGGCCUUCUCCUUCAGAAGACAACCAAUCGUCUUCUUGGAUCCAGGGUCAGCAGCCUCCAAAGCUACUAAGAAAUCACAAAUCUCUUUGGCGAGGAGAGCCCCGGGCACAACCGUCGACGCUUUGGACACAACAACCACAUCACUUGUGGGACCAACAGCAUCAAAAACUCCGUGCUCCACGAGGCCAAGAGGCAGGCAAGCUGACGCCCGACAAGGCUCCACGGGGGAUGGUAAGGGCACCAGGGCCAGCUCCGAAGCCUGGAGAGAGCCCAGCUUUAGCUGCUCCAUCGACUGAGGCGAAAUAGGUCUCCCACACAACAGCUGCAGCUCACGCAUGAUCUUCAGCACUGGAGAUACAACCUCGGUGGAGGCCUCAUUCUCGUAAUCCGGCAACACGGGGGGCGUCGAACUGGACCCAGCACGAGGCGAAAAGGUACCAAAAAGCUUCACAUCUUAGAUGUGCUUUAGCAAAACUAUAUGAAGAAUACCAAUAGGCCGAAUCUGCUAGAGAUAAUCUAAUGCUCUAUGAUUCAUAGAUCCCUCCCUCAUCCCCAGUGGACUUUGUUGUCAUGUGCGGCGUGGGGCUGGGUCCGGUAUACAUGGCCGGCACCGGCAAAAAGGGCAUACAUGUUGUGUGUGGCGUUAGUAGGAGGGACUUUCCCAUCUGGUGGUCAAUGUCCUUCCACUCGUGCAAUUCCCAACCCAACGUUUGCUUUGUCAGCGCUUGUUGACCAGCACCAUGAGUGAGCCUGGAUCGAAAAACAAAGAGCAGCCAGCCAGCCAGCUUUGCCGAGGUCGCCAUCACACACACGAUCGUUAUUGGUUAGCGAGCAGUGGCGGCGCGGUUGCGUUGACGUGGCGCGCACCGGAGCGCGCUGGCGCUGCGGUGCAAAUGGGGCACCAUCGCCCUAACUCCAACCCAAAGCAGGCCGCAUGCAUCUUCCAUGGCGUAAUCAUUCAUUCCUAUUCUUUUCCUUGCACUGGACGAUGACUCAACCCGACCGCGAGUCCGUCAUGAACCUUCCGGGCCUGGAUCCCCUCCCUAUAAAAUCCACACGUACGCCAGCUGCUGCUACUCACAAGUCAGACACAAGUCUCGAUCGACCCGUCUGCCUGCCGCGAGCAUCAUUGGCGCGUCGAUCCAGCCCACGUUUGUUUGGUAAUCCCGCGCGCGCGGCAUUGAUGGGUUCCUCCCAGGCGCUUGCUCUGUGGGUGGUGAUCACGCACCUCCUCUCCCUUGGCGGCGGCUUCGCCAGUUGCGCCUGGCCGAGCUCCGCGACGCACGACGACGCCGGCUGCCUCAGCUGGCGCGUCAUGGUGGAGGCCAACAACGCGAGGGGCUGGCGCACGGUGCCGGCGCCCUGCGUCGGCUACGUCAAGGCCUACAUGACCCGGGGCCAGUACGGCAGGGACCUGGACAGCGUCAUGGAGCAGGUGUCCGCCUACGUCGACCAGAUCGCCGCCGCCGCCGCCGACGGCCUCGACGCCUGGAUCUUCGACAUCGACGACACCUGCCUCUCCAACCUGCUCUACUACCAGGCCAAGCGCUUCGGGGCGUACGAUCCCAUGGCCUUCAAGAAGUGGGCUAGCCAAGGGGCCUGCCCGGGCAUACCGCCGGUCCUUGGGCUGUUCGCGGCGUUGCAGGACAAGGGAUUCAAGGUCUUCCUUGUCUCCGGGAGGGACGAGCAGACUCUGGGCUCCUGCACGUCCCAGAAUCUGGAGUCGGAGGGGUUCUCAGGGUACGAGAGGCUCAUGAUGAGAACUCCCGAGUACCGAGGGCAGAGCUCGUCGCUGUUCAAGUCGGCGAUGAGGAAGCAGCUGGUGGACGAGGGCUACAGGAUCCGCGGCAACGUCGGGGAUCAGUGGAGCGACCUGCAGGGCGACAACGUCGGCGACCGCGUGUUCAAGAUACCAAACCCCAUGUACUUCGUCCCGUGAAAACACACGGGUCGCCGGCGGCCGGCCACCGGUGUGCUCGCUGGCCUGCCUGUCUGAUCGACUAAUUCAUAGGCCGUGUAAACAACGGCCGAUAUGUGGCAAAACAAGCAUAGUAGAACGUAAAUCAUACACUCGAAUUGAAGGCACAUUUUCCUGUUGUUAAUUUUCGUGACAUUCGCUAGUUUUUUUUCGUGACAUUUGCGGGCGGUUGACAUUCGCUAGUUUGGUUAUGAACGAUAAUGUAAUGAUCUGGACGCCAUUCAGAGUUGCCAACCUAAAGGCUAAGGGCAUCCCCAACACGGAUGCCCAACCGCCCGCAAAUGUUCAAAACUGAUGGUUCAAAUAUUCUUAGG